AUGAGAGUUCAUAAUGGUGAGUCGAAGGCGGCUGUGGCACGCGACAUCGAUGUGCCAGAGUCCACUCUUAGAGGAUGGUGUAAGGCAGAAGAAAAAAUAAUAUUGCAAGUAAACAACAUAACAGCUAAUCAUAAUAGUCUUCACCAUCCACAUGUACCGCCUCCAAAUAGCGCAACAGGAGUGACAUUUAUCGCUGUGACAAAAAAUGAUUCCGAUAUCUCGCCACCGGAUUGCAACAAAAUGGUGGAGUAUUGCGAGAAAUUGUUACAGUGGUUGCACUGUUAUGUGGUACGCCAAUAA